GCCGUUUUUUAUUCGGCGGUUUUAGUCUAUAUAGUAAUCGUCGGAUGAAGGAGCAUGCUAUUUGUUUUUGGUGUCUGCGGUAUAAAUAAACCUGUUUUUUUCGUUGACCCUACGCGAGACAUAUUAAAGUUGCCUGGAUUUUUUUAAUUACAUUUAGAAUGCCAAGAAAACGAGCUCAAUGGUCAGAAGAAGAUCUACGCUCGGCGCUGCAAGCCAUAGCGGACGGAAUGUCCAUCAAAGGUGCUGCCAAGAGUUACAACAUUCCUCGCUCAACGCUAGGUCUUCAUCACAGAACGCAAAAUCCAGUAAAAAAGCUUGGAAGAUCACCGGUGUUAUCUGCAGCACAAGAAAAUGAUCUUGUGGAAAUGAUUCACAGAUUAGCUGAGGUAGGAAUGCCUAUUACUAGCAAGGUUUUAAUGAAAAGUGUGUUUUCUUUCGCUAUAACAAAUCGCAUUCCAAAUCCAUUUUCUAAAGAGUCAAAUAAAGCUGGUAGAAAGUGGCUUAAGUUAUUCUUGUGCAGGCAUCCAGACGUAGCUAGGCGAAAAGCUCAACAAAUGAAUAUGGCUCGAGCCCAAAAAAUGAAUAAAACAAUCGUCGAUGACUACUUUCAUAAAUUGAGAGAUACCAUAGAAAAGCUAAAUCUAUUUGACAAACCUGGUAGCAUAUAUAAUAUUGACGAAAUAGGGUGCAGAUUGACAAUCCAUAAGCAACAAAUUGUUUUUGCUAGAAAGGGAGCAAAACGGGUACAUUUAACCGCACCCGAACACGGAGAAAACGUGUCAAUUGUAGGUUGCGGAAAUGCACUUGGUCAAGCGAUACCACCUUUUGUGCUAUUUAAAGGGCAAAGGUUUAAACCUGAAUGGUCUGAUCACUUGCCCCCUGGCUCAAAAGCUAUUGUCACAAAUAAAGGUAGUAUGACAUGUGAAGCAUUUAUUUCGUGGCUUGACCAUUUCUCUUCAUUCAAAAACCCUGGUCAUACCCUACUAAUAUUUGAAUGAGAUAAAAGUCACCUAGAUAUUUCCAUAGUUGAAGCAGCUAAUCGCAUGGACAUAACUUUGUUUUGUCUUCCUAGCAACACAUCACACGAGCUGCAACCUAUGGAUAAAUCAGUGUUUAAAAGCUUUGAGACAUUUUGGGACCAAGAAGUCCUACAGUUUUUAACAACAAACCCUGGCAUGGCGAUCACCAAAAUGAGGUUUCGACACAUUUUUACUCCAGUUUGGCUAAAAGCAAUGACACCAUCAAACAUUAUCUCCGGUUUUGCAGCCACCGGUAUUUAUCUGUUUAGACCAGACGCUAUACCUGAAGCUGCCUUUGCACCAAGUUUGAUCACCCACAGAGAAGAAGACAUAGUAAACCACAGUACUUCCCAAGAUUUAGCAGAUGUCGUUAGAAGUUCUAGCAAGUCGAUUUAACCCGCAGAUAAAAACGAGGUGAGUACAAGCAGAUAUAAAGUACCAGAAAAAACUAAUAACAAAAAAAAGAAGCACAGAGAAGAAGACAUAGUAAACCACAGUACUUGCCAAGAUUUAGCAGAUGUCGUUAGAAGUUCUAGCAAGUCAAUUGAACCUGCAGAUAAAAACGAGGCGAGUACAAGCGGAUAUAAAGUGCUAGAAAAAACUAAUAACAAAAAAAAGAAGCGCUUAAUUUCUGACUCAAGUAGUGAAUCAUUAUCAGAUUUUAGUCUUCACGAUGACUCACUUGAUGAUGUCUCUAGUGAAGAUGAACCUAUGAAAAGAUCUAAAAGGAGCAGCAGCUCUGAAGAUGGCAGUCCACUAAGAGAAUUAAAAUAUAAACAGACAGGCAAUACGGUUACAAAAGAAACAAAAAAAUGUAUUCGGGGGUCUAACCAAUCUGACUCCAAAUGCUUAAACAGUUCCUUUAAAGAUACAGGAUUGCUGAUAGCACCGGAAAUUAAAUUAUCCACCGUGAAGAGGAAGCCGGCUUUAAACAGCAAAGCCCAGCAAGUUACCAAAGAUUUGUUCGCACCGAAAUCAAAAUUGGUUAAUCCAGUUAAAGUUGUCAAAAAAACAACAAGCAGUGUGUCAAAAAUAUCAAGAAAAGAAGAAUCGUGGUUUUGUUUCCUUUGUAAAGUCUGCAGUAAAGAAGAUAUGCGCUUGUGCAUAGUGUGCUGUCGAUAUGUUCACGAGGCCUGUGUAGGACUAACUACUAACUAGUUGUCAAAGAAACAACAAGCAGUGUGUCAAAAAUAUCAAGAAAAGAAGAAUCGUGGUUUUGUUUCCUUUGUAAAGUCUGCAGUAAAGAAGAUAUGCGCUUGUGCAUAGUGUGCUGUCGAUAUGUUCACGAGGCCUGUGUAGGACUAGCUAAAGAGGACAAAGAAAACUUUAUUUGCCCUCAAUGUUCUUAAGUUAUAUUUAAGAGACAUAUUUAUUAAGUUUAUAUUACUUAAUUGUCUUUUUUUUUCAGAAAAAUGUGUUACUUUUAACUGCAGUUCUGCAGUGCGUAAUAUUGACAUGGGUGGCAAUAAUAGGAGAGCUGUAGUCCUAAUAUUGCCAUUCGUAACCUCAAUAAAAAAGUAUUCUUUAUUUAGUUUCUGUUUAGUUUUUUGAUAUAAUUAAACUAUAUUGUU